CGACAAAAGCUACGCCAAAGAUUGGCCGCGUCACUCGUCAUAUCAACGGUCUACCAUUCCCGAUCUCCUGAUCUCUAGUCAUUUGACGUGUCGCGCCUGCCCAUGGACCCGAUAUCCGUGGCCGGCCUGGCUAUAGGCGUAGCCAGCAUUGCCGCUCAAGUAUUUACCGGCUGCGUCCAGGGCAUCCAGCUUUUGAUCACGGCGUCCAGCUUUCCCGAAGACUGCAAGUAUCUCAACUUGAGGUUGAGAAUGGAGCAACAACGCCUCUUUGCCUGGAGCGAGACAUCGGGACUCCUCGAUCUGGACGCCAAGAACAGACAAAAGGUGCUCGAGUCCAACACAUUCGUUCUGCAUCGUCAGACGGUGCUGGAUUUGCUGGUGCAGGUUGAGUGCCUGUUCAAGGAUUUCAAGGAACACCAGACCCGGAACAAGCGCCUCCAGACUACCCCUGAUCAGGACGACGUCCUCCAGAAGCCGGAGAAGGACGCCGCCGAAGCCAAUGUUCCUCUGUCGCCUCGACGGAGGGACUUCAUCAAGAAGGCCAUGCAGAGCCUGAAGACAACCUCCCAGGAGGCGACGCAGAGAUUGAAAUGGGUGUCGUUCGACAAGGCUGCUUUUGAGCUCCUCCUGUCGAGGUUCUCCACCCUCAACGACAGCAUGACCAACAUUCUCGACGCUCGAAUGCAGAUCGAAAUCCAUCAUACUGUCCAAGACACCAACCGCGGCGUGCUCCAGUUGCACCAUAAGAUUACCGACCUGUCUCGUCUCGUCAUGGCCCUGAACAUCAAACUGGAGGCGAGCUCCCCGCUGCCGGCAUCACAAAUGUCACUGGCACAGAAGCGCACCAACGCCGAUAGCCUCCAACUUUUUUCUCAACUCGCCAAGUUCAAGGCGUUUAACGAGUCGAUCGAGUCCAACGGGAAGACGCCGUGGGACGAGGCUACGGCAAUGUCUCUCGAGCUAGGGACCCCGCACAAGCAGAAGCAUCUGCUCCUUGACCGGUCCAUGGUCGAGCUCGAUCCCGCCGCGGAAGAGUCUGAUCUGCCGAGAUGCGAAGCUAACCUCCGCCUGCCCGGCGGCUCAACAAAAAAAGUCUGGGUUGAAUGGAAGGACUACGACCGGCAGCGCCCAGGAGAUUUGUCACCGCCCAAGAAGGUCAUAUGCGAGAGGGUCCGGAAACUGGCGGCCCUCCUCAGCCACUCUCCCAAGCCCGAGGCCUUUAGGACGCCCCAGUGUCUCGGCUAUUUCGACAAGGCGAGUGGAAUCGAAGACGAGGACGAAGAUAUCUUGAAUAAUCGACUCGGCCUCGUCUUUGAGAGACCCACCGACGACGGCCUUCACACUUCUCUGCCACCCGUCUCGCUACGAGACCUGCUCGAGUCUUCGCGCAAACCGCGAGUGACAGAUAGGGUCAAGCUCGCACACGCCAUCAGCAACUGCGUACUGUACCUCCACGCAGUGAACUGGCUGCACAAGGGACUAAGGAGCCACAACGUCAUCUUCUUUCGAACCACGAGCGGCCGGGUCGAUUAUGCAAAGCCAUACCUGUCGGGAUUCGACUUCUCCAGGCCAGCCCGAGCGGACGAGAUGACGGACAUUCCCGGGCCGGGCGACGACGCCGAGUACAAUCUCUACAGGCAUCCCCUGGCGCAGUCGACCAAACCCGAAGAGCGCGAGCGCUUCAAGAAGAGCUUCGAUAUCUACAGCCUGGGGGUGCUGCUUGUCGAAAUUGCUCACUGGGCACCGGUCGAGAAGGUUCUCGGCAUCGACGUGCAUGCCGCCAGAGCCCGGCCGUCGAUUGCGCUUCGAGUACGUGAGAACCUGCUGACCGAAGACCAGAUUGCCGACCUCGGAGCCUGCAUGGGAGCCGUCUACGAGACCGCCGCACGGAAAUGCAUCACAGGAGGCAGAGAGCUGGGUCUGUCCGAGGGCGACGACGAGACUAACGAUGCCGUGGCCGCCCGGCUUUCUAUGGUUCUCCACGAGCAUGUCGUCAAGCCGCUCGGAGAUGUCCGCAUCUGAGGGGCCCUGGAACUUCCACAUGGGGUCUUCCUCGUCAGAAAGUCUCCUUCAACAUCCCAGGUUGAUGUGUUUUCUGGAAGCACAACAUCCACCCACAUCCUCUUGGUAUCCAAUUCGGCAUCCCACAUCGCCGGUGAAUCCGCCGUCCCAGGAACCGGGAAUGUAUGCUGCGUGAUCUCGCGUUCGGGUGGACGGAAGACUUGUUCAU